CUGAGUGAGAGAGCAGUGAGAGAGGCAGAGAGAGGAGAGCAGCUUCAGCGUCGUGUGUGGAGCUUUUUGAGCAGCACGGAGACGGAGCUCUGUCAUUCACCACAACGACUAUAGAGAAUUAACGCGACUUUUCUUGAAAAAUACGUGUCCUGCUACUGUUUUUUAUACCGCUGUUUUGUGUUAUUUUUUUGUAUCGUGGGGAGACUGCAAGCGAGGCUUCACUGCGGCUAAUCAAUUUCCUCUUCCAGACCUGGGAAUUACAAUGAAAAAUGUAGGUGACACAUUUCCUUUCAAACAAUAGGAUCCAAAAGAAGACAGCAAAGAGGAUAAAAGGGAAAAAAUGGUGACGGCUGCCGCAUCUAUAGAAUCUGCAUCUUCUCUGUGGAGCCCCUGCGUAAAAGAAAAACAGAGUGAAAACUGCUGAACAGCUGGAUAUGAGCCUGUGAGAGAAGAAGACUUGAAGCAGAGAAGAUCUGGAUCUGCUCCUGCAACACAUGGAGAUCUUCUGGGGGAUUUUCUCAGCUGCUUUCAAAGCUCCUCACUAACUAUCGCUUCUUCUUUUUCCAUCCUUUUAUAAUUCCUUCUCAUCGUUUGGACAGAGGUUACAAGCCUCCCCCCUUAUGUCAGCUGGUUUGUUCCAAGCAAGACGCAAACAUGGUGCCAAACUGACUGUGUAGAAAAAAGAAGCAAAAAAAUAUCAGUGAAAAUACUCAUCAGAAAAUUAUGAGAGGAGUUUCCUUAGUCUCAAACUUCUAAAAUACAUCUUUAUUUCCCUCCUGCUCACCCCACAAACACAUUACAACACCCUGCAUCCCAUUAAAAUCAUAUUUAAUCAUCUCAGCAUAUUGAAGAGGAAUCUUAGAAAACAGAACAACCGUAAAACUUAAUAUCCAUCGUCUUCGGUCAGUGUUCGCAUAGCUGCUGCUCCUAAUGCUGAUGCUGAGGUACUUUUCUUACGGGGACGAUGAUCAGUGCAUUAUUGGUUCAAAGUGCUUUAUAAACCUCCAGCUUGUAGUUGUGCGCAUGCUAAGCAGUGAUAACUUGACUGGCAGGCAACACAACCACGUCUAACCUGAAAGACAUAAGCACCACCGACACCAACACUGCUGCUGCUGCUGCUUCUGCUGCUAUCUCAAAGGCUUGGAGAUUAACCGUCGUCUCAGUCUGCGCUGUGAAAAAACUGUCGACACUUUGCCUAUCUCCUUCUUCCAGUUGCUUAUAUUAGAGAGACCUCUCGCUCUUUGUCGUCUUCUGUUUCUUCCACACUUGGCGUCCGAUUACGCCCCACUGAAAGCCCCCUUUAUCUAAUCCUAGUGACCUCUUUGACUACUUUCUCAUUCUUCCUUUUAUUCUACAAAAAACAUGCAAUUUAAAACCUUUCACUGUAUUAACAUUUGUUGUGGAAGGAGAUCAAGUUUGUAAAAUAAAAGAAGCCAUACUUAACACCAGCCAUAGUGAACCUUUCAUAUUUAAACUCACGAUGUUCAAGAAGUGAUGCAUUCAGGGAGUCGAUGAAGAAAGCGCUGUUUAAAAGUUAAAUUUCACACAUUUGGGAGAAAGAAUAGCUUUCUAUGUUUUCUACCUGCGUUUUUCUAGAAAAAAAUCUGUGACUACAGACGGCGUGCAGUGUCAAGUGUGGCCGAGAACGUGACCGUGCCGAGUUCCCCUUCAGUCAUCCCGUGUUCCUCUGUGUUGACGGAUGAAUCCGGACAUUUUCAUGUCUGUUCUGUGGGCAGAACCUCGCUGCCCUGCUAGAACCGGGCCCAAGCCCUCCUUCGUUCUCUUCUGUUGGGCCAAGCUAAAUUCAGAGCAAAGACACUCACACAAGGGUAUCGAACGCACAUAGAUUCACCUCUUUUUGGUCUUUUCUUUCUCUAAUUUUCUCUGUUUUGAUCACUCUUCUGUGAAUGCCUUGACAUGCUCUUUUUUUGAACCGUCCUCUUAAAGCUUCCUGAAGGAGAUUUUCUUUAUGACUUGAUGCUGCUUCUUGCAUUAAUUUAGCAGUUCCUUUAUAUCCACAACCUCUGAAUUUGAAUUUAAAAACCAAAAUUUGAAGCAUACAGACCUUUACUGACUCUUCCUCUAAACUGUGUGAAAGAAAGGACAUUUUUACUGGCUUGAUGUAGAAGGAAUUUCCGUCACAGCUUGUGCCAAAUUCAGACCAACUUCCUCUCAGCUUGUUCUCUAAACAAAGCUGAGCUUUCUAAAGCUGCCAGCACUGUUGUUUACAGACGUGACGAGACAAAUAGAGCUAAAACAUUUGAUUUGAUUUAAAAGAAAACAUUUUUCAUGUAUUGUUUAACACAGCAGGACUACAGAAGUGCCAAUUCAAACUUAAAUACAUUCAACAUUUGUUGCAGCUCAUCAGGAUCAAAGUUUACAUACAGCGCUAAAUGUUUACAGAUUUUCCAUUGCAGUUUUUCCUACGUGAAUCGUAACAUUUGUGCCAUGAAACUCUUUCAUAGGAGAUAAAAGACUUUUGUUUCGAAGGGUUCAUUAUAUGACGAGAGUUUACAGUUUUCUCACAUUCAUGUUGUUUACAGAAAAUGUAAAAAAUUACUGCCUAUUUUGAGGAUUUAAAUUUUUUGGCCAAUGGACUGUAGAACACCGACAGACCAAAAUUAAGUAUCAGACACCUGCUGCCAUAAAGCCCAUUAUUCUAUAUUUAUAAUCGGUCUAAUUUUCAUUCUAGUGAUUAUUUCAGAGCUAAAGCCAUUUCACAGGCAGUUCGCAUAGGGCCUAAAAACUCUGAAAGACCUCAAUGUUUACAAAAGCUGCUUAAAGAAGGAUUUGUACACAGAGAGAAAUGUUUACAUUAAGAUAGGGGAGUGAAAUGCCAAACACCUUCAUGAAACAUCGCUUGAACAAACUGAACUCCAAGAAAAACCUUUUGCACCAGUGCAGGUCAUCAAACUGGAGUGAAACCUUUUCAUACUGAAGUUUUUAUAAGUCAAGAAGACGCCGUCUUUGAAGAGGACGCUGAUUGUUCACACGAGCUGUUGAUGUGAUUUUUUUUCUAAAUGACAGCUCCUGAACUUCAUUUAGCAAUGAAACCUGCAGCUUCAAGAGGGAUGUUCUGCUUGUCUCUUGUCCUCCUGCUUUCUUCCUCCUGCCUCGCUGUUUCCACGGUUACCAUCACCACAGAGCGGCGUGCUGUUGAUGGCGAUGUCAGAACUCUGACCGGCAGCAGUAGCUCUGCUGUGGCUGGUAAAAAGAGCACCACCUUGUUUCUCCUGACCGGCUACAAACCUCCGCUGCCGCCGCUGCCCGCCGGGCCCAAAGUGGCCCCAAAAGCUGCCGAGGUGGAGGAUGGAGACGAUCAACCAGUCAUGGCCGAGCUCCCUCCAAAGCCCCUCCCUCAGACCAUGUUGCCAAGGAACAUGACGGCCGACGCCCUGAAGCCCCCACUUGGUGCUGCCCAGGUGGCGCCACCUCCCAGACAGCUGGUGGAUGUGGACGUUUGCAGGGGUUAUUUUGAUGUCAUGGGGCACUUUGACAGCACCUUCAACUGCUCCAAAGGCAGCUACAUCUACUGCUGCGGUACCUGCCACUACCGCUUCUGCUGCGAGCACCAGAGGAACCGACUGGACCAGGACUCUUGCAACAACUACAACUACCCCGACUGGGCUGAACCGCAGGUCCCUGCCACUGUGGCCGUGACAAAACCUGACCCAGACUUUGAGACGCUGCAGCAGCACAACAGCAGUACGGGCUAUGUGAUUGGAGGAGUGAUCUCCUUCACCCUCGUUGUGGCUGUUGGCGUCAGGAUCGCCUUCAGUAAGGUGGCUCGUCGACCUCGAAACAGGGACGUCAACAUGCCCAGAUCACUGGUGGAUAUCCUUCGUCACCAGUCAAGCCCGGUGCAGCAGGGAGAGAGGAACAACACGUCCAUGUUGACCACCACCUCAGACGGACGAUCCAAGAACCUGUACACCCCCAUCCUGCAGAGCAAAGACAACCGCAAACGCGGCCCCCGCAUGAACAACACCCCCCAGCUCUCCUCCGGGCCCAAACUGAUCUCCAGCAGCGUCAAAGGCCCCGGCAGUGGCCGUGAUAUGGGCGGCAGCAUCUUCGGAGGGGGAAUGAGACACAACAGCAGCCACCCUUCCUUCUCUCACUCCUUCCACAACCUGGCCCAGCUGCCGCCAUCCUACGAGCUGGCCAUGAAACCUGAGAUCACCCGUUACAGCUCCCUGAAGAAGCUGGAGAAAGAACUGGACGAGUACCCGAGCUACUACAGCUCCAAACGUCGCUCCAACGCUCCUCCAUACUUCUACUCCUCCCAGAACCACCUGCCCUGGGCGGGCGAGUACACGCUAGGAUCCCAGAGAGGCACCCUACCCCUCAAUGGUGGCGGCGGCGGUGGGCGUCCCCGCACCCACAUCCCCUCAACCCCCAACCCGUACCCGCUGCCCAGCCAGUCGCAUUACACCAGCUCCAGCUUCGACAGACCGCCGCGCCGCGUCCGCUCCCAGGACCAGCUGCUCGGAUACGGGGAGGGCAACUCUCUGUCCCGCCUGUCUAAGAACCAGCAGCACCAGUACUACAAAGCCAUGAUGAGCAACAGCCGGGGCAACAACUCGCAGACGCUUCGCAGGUCUCAUGAGAGGCUUCUAAUAUCUCCUGACCGUCUGGAGGACCAGCUGCUGGCAAUGGGUCUGAUCAUUGGAGGAAACGAAAGGAGCGGCAUGGUGCCCACCAUGGGCCGCCUCAGCCACCACCAGAAGGCCCAGUCGCAGCAGAACAUCUGCGUCACGCCGUCCAUGGACCGCCACCACAUGAUCAAGAUGAACUCCCACCCGACGCCGAGCCACGACCGCGACCGCAUGCCGGGGACGGGCAUGCACGGCGGCUGGGACCCAUACGGGAGCGGAGGCCACCCCAACGCCCGGCGGAUGGCUUUCGCCAACAAGAGGCAGAACACCAUCGAACAGCUGCACUUCAUCCCCGGAGGAGGGGGGGUGCAGGGACUGCGGACUGGGAGUAAGAACGAGGUGACAGUGUGAGGAUGAAAAGAGAGAGGAAGAGUAGAGAGGCUGAAGUUGUAAAGAAGCUGAAGAGGCAGAUGAGGCAUUUAGAGGGAGAAGAGGAAGAUGAGGAAGCUGGCUGCCUCUCCCUGAGCAGCAAACGGCCCCCCCUCCCCUCCCUCCUUUUCAUCAAACAAAAAUGAUUCAAGCCAACAUGAAUCCUAAAGCCAACUGAUUUCUCCUCGUCACUUUGAAAAAAGAAUAUUCAGCCAUUCUUUGAAAAAGGGAAGACAGAAAUGUCCACUUUAAAAGAGCAAAAAAUAUUAUGUGAGUGCAGUUCAAAGGCUGCCGGGUAUUCGCUGUGACUUUUAUUGAAGGAUACCCGCUGAGUCAGAUUUGUCGAGUCGUCCUUGAGUUUUAUUGCACUGUCCUCGGAGUCCUCGAGAGCUCUGACAGAGAUUCAUCUGUCUUUGAAUCCACCGUGGAUGUAAGAGAGCGACGAGGCCGGGGCAGAUGGGUUUGCUUGUCUUUGUAUUUAUAAGAAGUAUUUAAAACCAAACAAGUUGCUUUUGUAUGAAAUUAACCUGAUGAUAAUACUAGUAUAACAUAACUGAGCCCUGUAAGACUUUGUGUAUACUUGGUUUAAAAUGUAUUUAUCCUUAAGCCAGCCGCUUUGUAAUUUAAAGGCUGGAAAUGUGACCUGCCCAUUGUGAUUGGACGAUAAUGAAAGUAAAACACUGUCUGCAAAAAAAGUACAGCGUCACUAGAACGCCAUUAACUCUUUGAACCUGAACAAUUUUGGGGGAAAAAUUACUAUUUUGACAGAAAUUGCUGCCUAAAGGCCCAGUCACACCAGAGUUAACUAAGAAAAUUAACACUUUUAAUUUGAAAUGGUAAUCAAAAGGGUUGGAGGCUAACAGAAACCUGUUUUAGAGCUUGAAAUGAGCUUAUUGAGAGCUGGAGAGUCCAAAAAAGCAUGAAGCUGCUGUUGCACCCACUUUUUUAGAUAAUUGAGAUCACCGUUGAUGAUGAAUUAUUUGAGAAAGAAGUCAAUAGUGGAAAUUCAAACAAAGAUUUUGAAGUUGUUGUUCCUGUCUGUGAAUAUAAAGCUAGCUAGUUUACAAAAUAUUUCCUCUUUAUUGAAACAUUUAAUCACUGAAAUUAUGUGCAAUUUUAGGAAGAAAAUGCCAUGUUGGCUCUCAUUAGUAUCCUUCCUGUCUGUUAGCUUGCUAGCUAUCCUAGUUUACUUUGGCUUAAAGCUUCUAAGGUUGUCAAAAUAUUUGAGAUAUUGUUACUUUGCCAAUAUUACAUCCUAAAAUAAUACAAUUUCUGUCAUGUGAUUGAUCAGUAGUGUUGAAAAGGUCAGAAGCCUAAAAACAUGAACUCUUUUGAAAGACAGGUGCAGUGGAAAGGAAUAUUGCCAACAUAUUUGUGCAAUUUAGACUGCAAGAGCAUGCUUGCAACUUUUGAUCACUGAAAUUUCUAGAUGUAAAAUACCUCAGUAUUUUUUCAAAAAAAUGAUGCAAAUAUGGACAAUUUACAUCGAUUAUGAUAUAUAUUAUUAAGAGCCUGUGUCCAUCAAUGCUUAUUUUUUUAUUUGUUUCCUUUGUUUUAGAACAUUAAA